AUGUCCACUCUACACUUUGAGCCAACCCAAGACAAUCCCUACGCCUGGGACAUCAUACAGGACACUGACCAGUCUUUUGUGGAGCCCUAUGACGAACUGGCCAGCUUUACCAAGUUCCUGAAGAUAAAUUACGUCCUAACAACAUUUGUUGGGGGGAUACUUUCGUUCACACUGCUUUACUUGAUUAUAUUUCAAACCAAUGGCGCGUUGAAGAACUACCGGAAGAUGCUGUUGAUUUGCUCAGUAACGGAUAUUUCAUAUUGGGCUAUUGACAACUUGCUUGGAUUGGUGAGUCAUGUGAAAAAUUGCGGAAGUGGAGAUAUAGUUAAUUGCCAAAUAAGUGUAACAGUUGUUGUUCUGGCAUUUGCCAAUACAGCCAUAAUUGAAAUCAUAGCGUGUGGAAAACAUGUUGAAGUCUAUAACUAUUAUAACUGUAAUGUUGUUGAAAGAGCAGGAGUUUUAUCUGAUGAAAGAUGGUUGAUCAGCCCUCCAAAUUUAAUAUUUUGAAACAAUGAAAAAUGAAUAAUUACUUAUUUGUGUUUUUUUUUGAAAUCGCAGAAAAAAUUCCUUUUUGGCAUUUUGUGCUAGCCGUGGCAAAACCUGCUUCAUGGUCGGAAAAUAACGUCCUAAAUUUUUCUUGAUCUUUUCGGACCAAUUUUGUCCUCUGAAAAUUCUUCCGAAAUAAUUUUGACACCUAAAAUCUCAUCGCCAAUCGAUAGUGUAUGGACGAAAUGUCUCGUUUCAGCAAAUGCGAUGGGUUGCCGUGUCCUGAGCCUUGAUAAUUUUCUGAACUUUUCAUACCCAAAACUCGCAUUCAAUACCCUCAAUUUUUUGCUUCCAAGCAUACAAAAACGUGUUUGUGAAAAGCUGAUUGUGAGGUUAAAUCUGGGUCAAGUGUCAUUAAAGUCUGAGCAUCUCCUUUCAAACCGGCAAUGUCAUAAAAGACACAACAUUUAAGUGUAUAACAUUAGCUGAACUUUUUACAUCGUUUUUGACCGUUUUUAGUACAAUUGCAUACUACAUAAACUGUAGCCACCAUUCUGUACGUAUACGGUUACAUGAGGGUACACUUUAAACGUGGGUUCACUUAAAAUUCGAUAAUUAUAAAAAGCUCUUGAAAUGCCACUUCUACCACGCAAUAUUUACACAGCUUUAAUCACGAAAAAAUAAGCUUUUUUUAUAGAAACUCAAAGAAAAAGAUGGUGUUUACAUGGUCAAGUUCGAAGGCCCGGCGAAAGAUUUCGAUCGACCAACAAGACUUGUCCUUAUCGCGGCAUACGUGUGCUCAAUCUGCUUUGUGAACAGUGUGCUGCCGGCUCAAGUCUACUUCCGAUACUACGCUUUGACUAGGUGAGGAAAUACCAAUUUUCUCCGUCGUAUUUCAAAAAUUUUUUUGCCCGAAUAAUCACGAAUUUGAGUCGCCCUGACAGAUCGCAGUUCCUGUCGACCGGACGAACGUUGGGAGUGUUCUUGUUGUCAUUCCUCGCUGCACUGCCGACCUUCUUCCUCGCCUACAACGGGUACGGCUUCACGGCGCGUGUUCGGCCUGGCUUCAAUUACGGCGAACUGUGGUACAAAGAGGUCCCAUUGCCGCCGGUGUUCUAUGCGGACGUGGUGAGUUACAUUCGCAUAAUAUGCGUGCGAAUUUCUCGGUAUAAAACCGAGACGAGAGAUGUGUGGUAUAAAAAAUAACAUAUUUUUGCCAUUUCAGAGAUCGGUUUAUCAAAAAAUCUACUUUUUCUAUGGUGGCCUUCUCAUUUCCGCCUCAUACACUGCAGCCAGCGUUAUGGGAUACUUGACGGUCAAGAAGAUAAAUCUUCUGUAUUCAUCGUAUUCCGAAAGAACAAGGCGAUUGCAAACUCAACUUUCUCAGUAUCUAAUUGUUCAGGUACUGUUUUAUUUCUAGUAAAAAUGGGAGGUCUUUCAAGAGGGGCGCUCAGAGUUCAUUAUAAUUUUGCUUCGAAAAAUAAGAGAGGUUUUGACCCAUAAAAUUUUGACAUCCGCGCAGGAAAGUCUGACUUUUGGGUGCGUCUUUGCACAUCGUUCUUGUGUUCACAAGACUUACAAAAUUGCAAAAAUGUAAUAUUAAUUUCCUUGGCUUUCAAUUGUAAAAUUUCGUUUCAAAAUGGCGAUCGCUAUAGAUCUCACAUGGUGAAUUUGAGUCGACUUUGGGCUGAUUCUUUUUGCAACACGUCAAAGAUUUCCCUUGUACAUUUACAUAAAUGUAUGUAUUUUUUGCCAUCUCGUAUAAUUUCAGUCCAUAAUUCCUCUAAUCGUCUCUGUAACCCCGCUGAUGCUGAUCGUCGUCCCAGCAUUUCUCUACAGUGACACUGGAAAAGCUUGCCUCUUCUACGGCGUUCUGUUCAGCUGGAUUCCGAUCUUAAAUCCGCUGAUUACAAUGAUUGUCAUUGUACCGUAUCGGCAGGUCAUUCUUCAGAAGCUUGGAGUGCACAAAGGAAUGCGAGAAGUCACAAGCACCAAUCAUCCAAAUCGCUCAAAAACUGAGUCUCGAUAA